AUGAAGAUGAGGAAGGGAAGGGUCACCUUCACCCAGCCGCUCAGGAUCAAGAAAGAAGCAAUCCGGGCAUAUUCAAAACUAAAGUUAGUUAAAAUAUUCGACUUGAUGCUAUGCCACAUCAAAACUCUCCCUCCCUGAACUGAAGUCCAUGACAGUCACUCAAUCCAAGAGCACGACAUGACCUUAGCCACAACCUUACAACAGAAGAAGCUCAUUCGUAAAACCAGGAAACAAGCUGCUACAUCUAAAUACUAUAAUAACUCUUCAAUGGCAGAUAUAAGUGAGAUUACAAGAGAAGAACCCUGAAGAAGUAAUGCAGAAUGGGAUAAGAGUAGUAAGGACUUCACUACUCCUGUGAAGACACGGGAAAGAACAAAGUACAUAACGAAUGCUAUGUUCAAGGUUGUCCAAAAGCCGAAUAGGAAAGUAUCCAUGCCUGUGAAGGGCGCUGAGGCCAAGACCCAGGAUGUGUUGGUCAAGAAGGUACCUUUGAGACAUAGUGCAACAAGGAAGAUCUUGCCUAAGUCUAGGUCUGGGAGUAUAAAUGCUACUCCUUCAUAUAAACACCGUAUUCGUCAUUCAAAGAUUAAUCAAUAUAUCACUUCAGUUAAAUAAAGCGAGGAGAAAGACUAUCUCUAGUAAAAUUACUGCAGAAGGAGACUCGACAAAAAGCUCAAGCAAAAAUUUCGCAUAUAAAGCAUUAACAGUAAAAUAUAUGAAAGGGAAAUUUGAGACAAUGAAGAAAGUUAAUAAAUUCAGAGGAGUAACCAAAACUAGGAACACAAUGGCCAUGAGGAAGACAUCAAGUAAUUGGUCUAUAAAGUCAACACAGCCUCCUUCCGAAAGCAACCGGUUUAGAAGGCCAAACUCCUCGACCAACACUAGGAUCCUUAAAAGAAGUCCCUCGCUUCACAGAAAUUCCUCUUAUAAAAUGUGUAAAGAGAAGACAAGAGAGAACAUGAUCAGGAUAUAUGUAAAUAAAGACAAUUGGGUGACUUAGGUUGAAGAAUAUCGGCAUUUUUAAACACU